CGCGAGCCAAUAGUAGAUUUGCUUUGAGAUGUCUUUAAAACUGCAAUGCUCGUGUUCUUGUUUAGUUUAGUUUUCUUAUCUCCUAUGAAGUAACAUGGAAACUGAAGUGAACACCAAAACCGUGUCAGUAUCCGUGGAUCAUAGUGAUAGUGUUCUUAAUGUGAACGAAAUGUCAGUUCAGUGUAAAAAUACAUGCAAGAAUGAUAAUCCUCUCUCGCUUCAUUCAACAAUCACAGUGUACGAGGACGACAUUAUUGGUUAUUCUGAUCUAUCAUCAAGUGGAGUGGUUAUCCAAUCUCAAACAUCUAAUUCAAAAACCAACAACCCAGAAUCUGCAAUCAGUGUUAAUUUUCCAAAUAAAAGUGCUAGUGUACAACAUCCUGAUACCUCUAAAGGUGAUCAGAGUUGUGUAGAUCCCUCCAAACGCAAGAGGAUGCAUCAUGAUUAUAAGAAACUAUCAAAAUCUGGUUAUGUUGAAGAUAAGAAGUGGUAUACACAUUCUUCAUCAAAACAAUCAGAUGGUUCUGUAACUCACAGGCCAUCCAAGACAUUCUCAGUAAUUGAUUACAAAACUUCUGAUCAGGAAAACAAAUGUGAUUCUCAAGAACACAAGAUCAUAAAGAUAACGAAAGUAAAGAGAGGUCACAGGGAAAGAGAUAAAGAUGAAGUUACUUCAGAUUCACCUCACAAAAAGAUGAAGGAGAGUUCAGUUACAUCUCUCAACUCAGAAGAUGAAAAACCAAAACCAAAUUUAAGUGCUCUUGUAAGACCAUUUUGGGUGAGCUCUGACGGUGGGGAGUGCAUAAGAUCUCUCGACAGCGUCGCUGCUUCGAGCCAUACCAAGAUUAAAUUAAACGAUAACAGAGAAAAGUUUGAGCAAAAGGAAAAAAGUAAUGAACAUGUGCCGCUGUCAGUUGAAGUUAAACAUGUAGAAAGCAAGGAUAAACCAAAUGGAGGUAUAGAAAAUCCAGAUGAAGUCAAAUGUAGUGAAAAUGAAAAGUUCAUUGAAGGGAGAGAAAAACCAAGUGAAAUUAGUGAUAAGUUAAUUGAAAGUAAGAUUAAAACAGUCGAAUACAGGGAUAAACGGUUUGAACAUAGAGGAAAGCAGGAUGAAUUCAAGAGUAAAUCAGAAAGUAGAGAAAAAUCAGAUGGAAGAAAGAAUAAAUCAGAUAAAAGUAGGGGAGAUUUAGAUGAAAUCAAAGGCAAACCAGAUGACCACAGGGGCAAGACAGAUGAUAUCAGAGGCAAGCUAGAUGAAAGCAGGAGCAAGCCAGAUGAGAGCAAGGGUAAGCCAGAUGAGAGCAGAGGCAAGCCAGAUGAGAGCAGGAGCAAGUCAGAUGAGAGCAGGAGCAAGCCAGAUGAUAGCAGAGGCAAGUCAGAUGAUAGCAGGAGCAAGCCAGAUGAUAGCAGAGGCAAGACAGAUGAUAUCAGAGGCAAGCUAGAUGAAAGCAGGAGCAAGCCAGAUGAGAGCAGGGGUAAGCCAGAUGAGAGCAGGAGCAAGCCAGAUGAGAGCAGAGGCAAGCCAGAUGAGAGCAGAGGCAAGCCAGAUGAGAGCAGGAGCAAGUCAGAUGAGAGCAGGAGCAAGCCAGAUGAUAGCAGAGGCAAGUCAGAUGAUAGCAGGAGCAAGCCAGAUGAUAGCAGAGGCAAGUCAGAUGAUAGCAGAGGUAAGCUAGAUGAAAAGAAGAGUAAACCAGAUGAAAAUCAUGAGAAAGCAAAUGAAAGUAGAGCACAUUUGAGUAGUGAAAAAUGUAGUGAAUCCAGAGAUAAAGAAAAUGGUACUAAUAAAAAUAAGCAAACUGAACAAAAGUUAAAACAGAUAAAAGAUAAACCCAAAGAAUGUUUAUCUGUCAACAUUAAAACUGGAAACCAAAAUAUUUCUGGCGAUAUUGCUCCUUCCGAAAGUCCAAGGGACAGUGCUAAAUUGGAUAAGAUUGUCAUAAGAAUGGUACAAAAGCAAUCUCAUAGUACAUCAGAAAAACAACAGUUUAACCUUAAAGUCGAUUCUGCCACUUCUAAAACAUCGGUGAUAAAGUUGACGUCUAGUAAGCCAAACAUCGUAAUGGUGUCGAAGUCUUCGAAUGAAUCUGUAUCAACAGAGAAAGAAUCAAAAACCGAAAUUGUUCAACCUGUGAUACCGAGUGCUUUCGAGUCGAAUUUAAUGCAGAUGUACUCCUCCGUUAGGGCAUUGAAGGAGGCAGGGAGGCCUGUGGCGAACACUGUGAGGGAAGAAAAAGCUUCAGAGACAGUCAGAGCAGAACCCAGACGAAGCGAGAGUUCUAAGCAUCACAGCAGUAGCAGCAGCCGCAGCAAAAGUGAAUCGAGCCACCGUGACCGUGAGAGGCAUCGUGAGCGUGAACGUGACCGUGAGCGGGACAGAGACCAUCAUCGUGACCGGUCUUACAAGCAUUCCUGCUCCCGUUGUCACAAGCGUAGUAAAAUCAAAAGGGCGAGCAUAGGUGUUCAGUGCCGCAGAGAUAAAACGUUUGAAAAGUUUGUUUCUAAAAACGGGAAAUCAGACAAGAAUAUGCCGAUGCCGAGGCCGGUUCCUCUCUCUGAGGAAUCUUUGAAAUAUGGACAUUUGAUCCGUGUGGAAACUUAUCCGAAUGGAGGUGCUUCUGUUGUCCAUUUGUACCAAGAUGAAAUACAGAAUCUUUCCUCAACUGAAAUGGAUGAACUUGUCACUGAAUACUUUAAAAUUGUGUUCGGAGAGGACCAUAACGGGAAUGCCCACCAUGUGAUGGGUAUAGUGCAUGAUGCUGCGCGAUAUCUCCCAGAUCUACUGGACUACAUGGCCGAGCACUAUCCCAACCUAACUGUCAAGAACGGAGUGCUUGGCCGUGGCUCGGACAUCGAGACAACCACCAUGGCUCAAUACAAAGAUCAGGUGUUCCGGCACUAUGCCAAUGGUACUGUGCGUCACGGUCCACUUCAUCAGAUCAGUCUUGUCGGGACUGUCCAUGAGGAAGUGGGUGGAUUCUUCCCAGACUUACUGGCCCGACUGGAAGCCAAUCCCUUCCUCAAAGAGACAAUGCCCUGGGGCCCUCUAUCCGUUGUGCAGAUGGAAACCCCACAAGAGUCCAAUGACGGACCUAUAUUGUGGAUCAGACCCGGAGAACAGCUUGUUCCCACUGCGGAGAUUGGCAAAUCGCCAAUGAAACGUAAAAGGACUGGUAUCAACGAGUUGCGGAACUUGCAGUACCUGCCACGUCUGUCCGAGGCCCGUGAGUACAUGUUCGAGGAUCGCACCAAGGCCCACGCCGAUCAUGUCGGCCAUGGCCUUGACCGUAUGACCACAGCUGCUGUUGGUAUCUUAAAAGCAGUCAAUGGUGGAGAAGAAUAUGAUUACAACAGAAUAACCAAGGACGUGGUUGCAUUCUAUGCUGGAGAUUUUCAUGAACUCGUGGAAAAAUUACAGUUGGACCUACACGAGCCUCCCAUAUCACAGUGUGUGCAGUGGAUUGAAGACGCCAAGCUGAACCAGUUGCGCAGGGAAGGCAUUCGUUACGCUCGUAUUCAGCUUUGUGACAAUGACAUCUACUUUCUGCCCAGAAACAUCAUCCAUCAGUUCCGUACUGUGUCUGCGGUGACCAGCAUUGCUUGGCACGUCCGCCUGAAGCAAUACUAUGACUCAUCGUCCGAGGGAGUGAAACACUCGAGGGUGGUGACUGGACUGACCACGCAACAGUUGUACAAGGAGAAAACGUUGCCGGGAACCGUGGAACACAGGCGCAAGGACAGGAAACGUUCACAUCACUCCAUCAAACCGGUAGUCUUCAUAAAAAGAGAACUUUCCGAGGAGGACAACGUGGAAAAGGAUCAGGACCAGAGUAAUGCCCAGCAGGCUCAGGACGAAGAGAUGACUUCUAAGGAAACCGAAGAUUACGGUUUGAGCACCCCUCAACAAACCACUGAUACCGAUGCAGGAUUCACGGAUGUUAAAAAAGAGAUUAUUUUCUAAUAGCGAAAUGUAAAAUGUUGGUGUCUUAGAGCUGUUUGGGUCUUAGUGUAGGGGCAGGAACUCUGCCCUUAGCUGUCUAUAACUUUCAGUUUGUAUACGCUAUCACAGUUUCACUGUAUUCAUAAGAGUGUUAUGAAGUUAUCACUAUCGUUUGUAGUGUUUAUUUAUUAUGAUUUUUUUACAUAGCUAAUUAUUGUUAGUUGUUAUACGUUUAAUUUAAGACAACACAUUGUUUUACUAUCACCUUGGCAUCGAGUUUUUCAAUAACAGAAGAGUUUUAAAUAAAUGCAAGAUUAUUCAGUCAGGGAUAAGUGAAUCAUUGCUUGAAUUCAAGUUUCUGAAUUCUUUUUGUCAGUGUUAGUAAUUCAUUAUACAAUUCACGUGUUACAGAUUUAAGUUAAUACUCAGAACAGAAUUAUACUCAUUUUUUAUUUUUAAAUAACUUUUUUGUAUGUUUUACAUAGUAGCUUAGCAAAUAAUAGGGAUGGAUCAGUUCCGAUUCUUAAUACUCCAGGUUCUUGGUAGUACCAAGCAGUUAAAAUCCGUUACAACAAAAUUCAGUUUCUGUAUGACAUAUCACGACUUAAGUCAAACUGAGAUCAAGAUAUCAAUGCAGUAUCGUGUAUAGGAUUUUUUAAAAUGUAUAUUAUAUUGCUUACCAGCUGUCUGAUAUGGUACGAUUGUUAUCAAUGACGAAAGAUUGUUUCAGCAUUAAAUUUCGAUCAAGACUAGUGUCGGCAAACAAAGGGUUAAAAUCGGAAUUGUUUGUGGAGUUUCGUGCACUAAAGGAGACUCAAUCUGGAAACAACUGUUCAAGAGGAAACUUUGUGAUUGAUCUGAAAUUGAAGCAACUGCUCGUUUUAGAACUUAAUAUUUAACUGAAUCAUAUGCAGUUUGACAAUUGUCACUGAUUUUAAAAGUUAAAUUCAUACCAUAAUCAAAUAUAAAACAUACAGGGUAGUGUAAGAGUGCCAUAAGAGGUUACUCUAACAGACCUGCCUGAAAUUGGAAAGAAAUUUGUUAUGAUACAAAUUCAAAAGCUUAAUGCUCUGAUUGAAUCCCAAAUGGUUUGUUAUUUGUACUUAUAUCAUAUUAUCAUAUGUUAUAAUUAUUAUAUUAUUAUUUAUUAUUAUUAUUAUUAUUUAUUUUUUAAUAUUAAUUUAAUUUUUAUUGUUUGUAAUUUUAAUUUUUAUAUUUAAUUUUGUUUAUUUGAAAUUAAAAUCAGGAUAAUUUACUACACACUGAACUGAAGUAGAAUUGUGUGGAACAUGUGAGCCGUUAGGGAUUUAUAAAAUGAAAGUAAGUCAGAAGUCUAAUAUACACUGAUACGGUUGAUGUUUAAAAAGGAUCAGAUUUUUGUACUGGUGCCAGAACCAAGCGUUACUGAAAAUAAGGAACUGACCAUCCUUACAAGUAUAAGUAACGUUAAGUAUUAAAAUUCAAUAUGAAGUCAUAUACUUUAACAUGUAAUUAAUUAUGAGGGUCAUUUAUAAAAUAAAGAAAGUUAGAACAUGAUGCCACCCACAGUGCUUAAACCACCUUCACAAGGAAAGGUGAAAUCCGUGGCUUAUGCAGAGUUUAUCUCAUAGCUUCAGGGUAAGCUGCAAAACUUGCAUAAAUUUUGUCCAUUACGGCUUAAAAACUACGUUUGAGCAUAAGUCUUGACUCAUGAAUUAAAAACUAAUAAUAUAUUGAUUUCUUGAUUGUUAGUGCAAAUUACUUAGGAUUAAAUUAUUUUAAGAUGAUUGUCCUCAAAUUAAUUAGUUAUUUUUACUUUUUCAAUUAAACAAACGUAAUUGAUACAACUGUUAUUGCUUUUCCAAAGUCUGGUAGAGAAUCAGAUUAAAAUGACAUUGAUAAACUUGUGCCUUUUUACUAUACACACUGAAUGUCCACAAAGACCUCCAGGAAUUUGAUGUUAAACAUUUUAAUCUAAUUCAAAUUUGGAUUUAUUUUUUAUUUAUUUUAAAAAGGUAAUAUUGCCAAUUUUUUCUUUGAAAUACAUUUCAUGUUGUUUAACAAGAAGUGAUUACAUCCUAAGGUCAAAACAGCUGAUAGAUAACUUACGACUACCCAAAUAGAGAACUGACAAUUUACAUACUACAGGUACAAUAAACACUGAAUUCAUAUUGGAUCUUAUAAAUUAUUUCUUUUUUCUCUUGAAGACUCUGUAGGUACAGUGGACUUUAUCCUCUAAGGGGAUGCUAUGAUCUAUCUCAACCUACUUACCUGUAUCCUUGGCAGAUUCAUGGGAGCCAUGAUCCAUUGUAAGAUUUUGAAAAAAGUAAUCAUGCUAAAGGGAGUGGAGGGAGGGACUCAUCUCAGGUUUAAGUUAGUAGUGUUUAGGACCUAAACAUGCAAACCAAUGGAUAACAAACUCAAGAAAUCCUCCAGAACUAAUUUUAAACUGCCCUCCAAAAAGCCUAUUUUGGGAGGAUGGUUCGCUUUUGUUUCAUAGAGGGAUGUCGUGUGAGUUUCAUUUUUCUAUGUUCGUCUAUUGAAGGUUGAGGACUCAUCUGUGCUCUUAACUUAAAUAAUUUCAAUGAGCCGCCAU